AUGUCCUCACCCCUCCGAAUCGGCGUCCUCCUCGUAGGAACCGUCCAACUCCUCGACCUCUCAGCCGUCGACCUCCUCUACAUGACAACCCCAGAAUACCUACAAGAAUGCUCACUCCCACAGCCACUAGUAGACCUAGGCCGGCCCUGCGAGAUCCACUACAUCGCACACAACGGACCAAACACAACAGUCAAGACGACCUCGCAAAUGUCCAUACAACUAACCGACUCGCUCACAGACUCUGCCGUCUCUCCAGGCAAGCUAGACAUCGUGCUGAUCCCCGGUCCCCCGCCCAAAGCCAUGCCGCCAGCAGAAGAAUACCUCGACUUCGUGCGCGCGCAUUUCGCGGUCGACACGCCCAUCUUGAGUAUCUGCACGGGGGCAUUUGUUAUCGGGUACGCUGGGAUUGUGAAGGGGAAGGAAGUUACCGCGCCGCGGUUGUUGAUUCCUGAGAUGAGGAGGAGGUUUCCUGAGGCGAAGCUUUGGGAUGAUUCGGUUAGGGUUGCUAGGGAUGGGAAUUUGUGGACUAGUGGCGGAAUUACAAACGGACACGAUCUGGUCGCUGGGUACUUGCGUGAACAUUACCCUGCCGCUCUGGUGAAUACGAUCCUCGUUGCUGCGGAUAUUCCUUCCCGUCCGGCGGCAUACGCUAGUUCUGCGACGGGGGAUACUGCCUAUGUGCUCUGGCAGGUUAUUAGGGCGGUUCCGAAUGCAGUGAUUCAGCUGCUUAAGGGGAAGUGA